AACACAAGAACCUUUACACUCUUAAAGGCUUUUGAGGCUCUCCUUCCCUUCCUCUUUCUCAUUGUUACAACCAAGUACCAAACCUUCCACCCUUCUCAAACAAAAGAGAGCAAAGAAGCUUUACUACUACAUUAACUUCCAAAACAAAAAAAAAAAGAGUAGUUGAGAGAUGGAGAAGCUUAGGUGCAGCAAGUUCCUAGAGACCUCGAAGCCAUACUUUGCAAUGAUCUCAUUGCAGUUUGGUUAUGCUGGGAUGAACAUCAUUACCAAGGUCUCCCUCAACCAUGGCAUGAGCCACUAUGUCCUUGUGGUCUAUCGCCACGCUUUCGCCACCGCGGUUAUCGCUCCUUUCGCCCUCUUCUUCGAGAGGAAAGGGCAGCCAAAGAUCACCUUCUCCAUCUUCAUGCAGAUUUUCAUCCUUGGCCUUCUUGGACCUGUGAUCGACCAAAACUUCUACUAUGCUGGGCUCAAGUACACCUCUCCAACAUUCUCCUGUGCAAUGAGCAACAUGCUCCCCGCCAUGACAUUUGUGAUGGCCGUCAUCUUCCGAAUGGAAAAGCUGGAAGUGAAGAAAGUGAGGACCCAAGCCAAGCUGGUGGGAACAUUAGUCACGGUGGCAGGUGCGAUGCUGAUGACGUUAUACAAAGGUCCGAUUGUGGAGAUGUUCUGGUCCAAAGCCAUGCAGCCUGUUGGAUCUGAACAGGGCGCCACUGCUUCCCAUGAAAGCAGCGACAAAGAUUGGUUCAAGGGUUCCAUUCUCCUCAUCCUCGCCACCCUCGCCUGGGCCUUUCUCUUCGUCUUGCAAACCAAAGCAUUGAGGACCUACAAGAACCACCAGCUGUCCCUGACAACGCUGGUGUGCUUCAUGGGGACGGUCCAAGCAAUUGCAGUCACCUUUGUGAUGGAGCACAAUCCCUCGGCGUGGAAGAUUGGAUUCGACAUGAACCUCCUCGCUGCUGCCUAUGCUGGGAUUGUGACAUCGAGCAUUUCGUACUAUGUGCAAGGGCUGGUGAUCAAGAAGAAAGGACCCGUUUUCGCGACGGCUUUCAGCCCCUUGAUGAUGAUCAUUGUGGCGAUCAUGGGAUCUUUCAUCUUGGCUGAGAAGAUCUUCCUUGGAGGAAUCGUGGGAUCGGUGCUGAUAGUGAUAGGACUGUACGCGGUGCUGUGGGGGAAGCAGAAGGAGAAGAUGAGCAUGGACGACGACGAGAUUCUUGACCCGGUGAAGGGAUCGUCGGCGGCGGUUAAUUAUGGGAAUGGGAGCUCGGUAGUGGUGGUGGCAGCCAUUAAUGGAGAUGUUGAAGCAAACAAGGUGGUGGAUGAUGUGCAGAAAUUAGAAAGCGACAACGACAACAACGGCAAGCACGUUACUAUGAUUGCACCCAUUAGCAUGCCUCUGGCUGAUGAAGUUCCGCUUGAGAAGCUGAACCAAGAGACCGACGGCAGAGCUUAGGAGCAUGGGGGAAAAAGAUAUAAAAAAAAAAACAAUUUCUCAAAAGAGAGAAAAAAGAAGAGAAAUAUGAGACUUAAAAUUUUAGUAAUGCAUGGAAAAUGGGCCUUUUUCUCUGUUCUUCUUUUUUUGUCACAUCCUCCCCAACAUUUUGUUGUGAGCUCUUUUGUUUGUUUUGCAUUUUGAAAGAAUUGACAUAAACUAUGCUGCUUUUGAUAUGCAAUUUCUUUUCUUUACUUUUUUUUUCUUCUUUUUCUUACUCUUCCCUUUGUGCUAUAUGUACUACUCCGAUGUAUCAUGUAAGGCCAAGUUUGGUUAAUGGAUGGUAAAUGAUAGAGAGAAGUCCCAACUUAUCUUGUUAUGCAA